UUUGACGACAGCGGAGAGGAGCGGCAAAGAGGAGGGGGUGGGGCGCUCUAGGAGGCGGAGUAGAAGCUUUAGGUUCUAUUCUGAGCCUGUCGUCUCCUUCCCUCCAUCCAUCCAUCUCUCGGUCCGUCCCGGCCUGUGACGGUGCCCUUCGGCUCGGCAGGGGAUCGGCAGCUCGUUGGUUAAGAGGGGUAACCGCCAGCUGGAAGGGCGGCGGGGAAUGGAAGCCGAGGACCUGAGCAGACUCCGGGCUCUUUGAGGGCAGGGAGGAGUUUUGCGUUUCUUUGUGUCUCCAGCUCUUAGCGCAGUGCCCGAUACUCUUUUGAGCAAAUUCAAGCAUUUUACCAGUUUCCAUUCUAUCCAAUGAUGGCUGCAGCUCCCAACAUGGAACUUAUGAAUGAACAACCAGCUCUGCCAGAAAUUCCAGUCCCAGUAUUUGACCCGGAACCUGUUCAAGAAGAAAAGGGAAGAAAAAGAAGAACCAGAUCAUCAGAGCCAAAAAAGCCAGAGCCGAAAAAACCCGCUCGACCCCCCAGAGCAGCCAAGUCAGCAAAAUCCAAAGGGAAACAAGAAAAAAUUACAGACACUUUCAAAGUGAAAAGGAAAGUGGAUCGUUUUAAUGGGGUCUCAGAAGCUGAGCUUCUGACUAAGACCCUGCCUGAUAUUUUGACCUUCAACCUGGACAUUGUCAUUAUUGGCAUAAACCCAGGACUGAUGGCAGCAUACAAAGGACAUCAUUACCCAGGACCUGGAAACCAUUUUUGGAAGUGUCUCUUCAUGUCUGGGCUGAGUGAAGUCCAGUUAAAUCAUAUGGAUGACCAUACUUUGCCAGUAAAGUAUGGGAUCGGCUUUACAAAUAUGGUUGAAAGGACCACCCCCGGCAGCAAGGAUCUUUCAAGUAAAGAGUUUCGAGAAGGAGGACGCAUUUUGGUACAGAAACUACAGAAGUACCAACCUCGAAUAGCAGUUUUCAAUGGAAAAUGUAUUUAUGAAAUUUUUAGUAAAGAAGUCUUCGGAGUAAAAGUUAAGAAGCUGGAAUUUGGACUUCAGCCCCAUAAAGUCCCAGACACAGAAACUCUCUGCUAUGUCAUGCCAUCAUCAAGUGCAAGAUGUGCUCAGUUCCCACGGGCACAAGAUAAAGUUCACUAUUAUAUCAAACUGAGAGAUUUGAGAGAUCAGCUGAAGGGCAUCGUACCAAAUUCGGACGUGCAGGAGGUGCAAUAUACAUUUGAUUUGCAGCUUGCCCAAGAGGACGCAAAGAAGAUGGCUGUCAAGGAAGAAAAGUAUGAUCCAGGCUACGAGGCAGCGUAUGGAGGCGCUUACUGUGAAAAGGCCUGUGAUGUUGAGCAGCCGUGUGCCUUCUCUUUGGAUGGGACAGGAACAAAUAAUGCUGCCUUAUGUGGAGAACCCACUUUCGGGGACAUUUCGAGUGAUCAGUGGAUGACACAGUCAUUUGCAGACCAGAUUCUGCCUUCCUUCAGUCCCUUUGGGACCCCAGAACAAGACGGCAGCUGCCUGUGAGGACGGCCUCUCGAAGCUCUUCCUGCACACCGCACUUCUCCUACAGCUGUUUAGCAGGGCGCCUCAGCUCACAGCUGAAGCGUUUUUUAGGCUUUUACCCCUCGUGUUCUUUUCUGGUAGCCCGUGUGUGUGUCAGGAUUAACUUUAUGAGCUAGAGAGUUUGAAAGUAAAUGUCGAUCCUUUUGUAUGUGUUUUUCUAUUUAACGUGUGCCAUUGUUUACAGUUUUUGACAAACUGUAGUCUCACUUUUGAACAAAUUAUUCUCUUGGGAGUUGCUUGUACUCUGUAUUUUUGGGGGAGGGUGGGGGAACAGCCUGUAUAUUUAUACUCCUUUCUUAAAUCUGCAUAUGGCAGGAAAUCCCAGAGUCCUUCUUAUGCCUGAAAAGCACAUUCUGUGCAUGAUUGUCACGGGUACAGACACACAAAUGUGUCACAGUUUUUGUGUGGACAUGGGACUCCUUGCCCAGUGUCUGUGGAGCAUGGGUUUCGGGACUUUCCAGUUGUGCCAGUGGGGGAAUCCUGAGUUAUUUCUUUCCCCAAAGUGGCCCCUUCCCCAUGUGCCUGCAAUUGGCAUUUCUUGGUAAGGAAGUUGCCUGGGUCCAGACCUUGGGUCAUAGCCAGCCGCUUUCCCUCGGCAGCUGGCCAUCCCCUGGAGCGGGCGUGCACGCAGUCAGCUCUGGGGAAUGUGGGCAGGCCAUGGAAAAUUGUGUUUUCAGUGGUUCAUUUGUCACUUGGCAGAUUUUUACUUGUGAGGAAGAACAGAGGUAUGUAGUUGGGAGGCAAUGACCUUUCUGUCUAGGUGCCUACCUCGUCUUUCCGUGUAGUGAGUGACGGAACGAGGCGUUACUCAAAACGUUGUUUUGAGGAGCUUCAUAUAAGGUGCUUUUCAUACUUGAAACAUGCAUAAAAUGUGGUGUCUAAUAGAAUAUGAUUUCCCCUGCUGGUCCUAUCUAAUAAGCCAGCAGUUUUCAUUCCCUUUCUCCACCGUAACUCAUCUCUUUGGCAAGAAUGUCCGUUGGUGAGGGUCCACAAAAAGGGUAUUUUGAUUCUGUGUCUUAGGGUUUUCUAGCAUACAGUCUCCGUGGUGCUACAGAUGACCCAUAAUGCCUUUGUCUUGUGGGUGUCACCCCAUUCAUUGAUGCCACUUUUAUUAUUUUGUUACAUUCUGACAUGGUCAGAAUACUAAAUCAUGGAAAAGUCAGAGCUGGAAGAGGCCUUGGAGAGGUCUGCUAGUUCAGCUUCCUAAUUUUGUUGAUGGGGAAACUGAAACCCGACAAGGGUAAGUGUUAAUGGCAGAAGUAAGAACCCAAAUGUCCUGCCCCUGUCCAGUGCUCUUACCAUGCUUUUAUAUUCAAAUAGUGUGUGGCUUUUUAAAUAUGAAAUAUUUAUGAUGCUUUAUAGUUGUUGUUUUCAGGGAGUCAUGUGGCUUAACUCUCUCUUUGUAUUAGCUGGUUAAAGAUCUAUAUUGUGAAGCAGAUCCUGCUUUUUUUGCUGUGGGCUGUGGUGGAAACUUUCUCCUUUGUUCCCUUGAGUUUAGGUCAAACUGUGUGAAAAAUCUUUGUUCUUUGUUAUUUAAAAUGAUGUACUGUAUGACCGUUUACAAGGACAUUCUCCUGCAGGUGCUCACAAGUGCCUUGCAUCAGGGAUUCGUAGGAAUCAAUUAUAUUUUCACAGAAACUAUGUAAAGCAUGUGAUUAGGUACCACUAUAGUAUGUAACUAUUGUAGCUUUACAAUAGUUUUGUUUUUAAUUUAAAGGGGAGGGAAAUACAGUCUUUGGAUUUUGUCAUAUACCUGCUAUAGAAGUGAGUAUUGGAAAUAAUCUAACCAUGUGAGAACAGCAUUUUCAUGACAAACGGGAAGUCAGUAGUGGCUGUUAAAUUGUCUUAUCUAUGGUGGUCUGGAGCUUUUUCAUGAAAUAGUAAUGGAAGAGGUUUUAAAUUCUUUCAGGAGUAUGCCAAUUUUGACAGUAAAAAUAG